AUGGCUGGAAAGCCUGAGCUGUCAGCUGCGCCCGGCGUCCAAAAUGUGGUAGUGUACGUGUCGAACGACAAUUUCGCCCAAGCCUACGCUGUCUCGGGCCCCAACGCGUCCCAAAACCCCCACCAACACCACAACGGGGUCUACGCCCAGCACCACAACCCCGCCCCGCGAAGCUACUGCCUCGAGAAACAGCAGAUCAAGCCCCAAGAGUACCCCCACCUAAUCGGGGGGGGCCAGGUGCAUCAGGGGGGCUACCAUGUCAAGGUGCAGGACGAGGCGGGCUACGAGGGGGGCGGUUACGUGACGGUGGUGGGGGGGCCGGACCAGAGUAUCCGAUGCGACUCGGUCAAGUCCGAAGCUGCCGAGUCCAGCUGCAGCAGCUUGAGCUCGACCGAGGAGGGGCUGGUGGUGGUUCAGCACCCCCCCCAGGAUCUCGUGGUGUACGAUUCUAGUGUCAGUGUGCGGAACGGGGGGGUGCUGGUCGCGGUGGGCCCCGCCCCCCCUCACCAAAGUAAUCUCGUCAACCAGAACAACCCCGCGAAUGCAGGUGCGGCUGUGCCCCCCGGAUGGAAGAGGAUCGUCAACAAUGGAGCCGUUUUUUAUAUAAGAUAUAAACAUGAUGCGGAAGUUCCGCAUGGGCAUGAUGCGGAAGUUCCGCAUGGGCAUGAUGCGGAAGUUCCGCAUGGGCAUGAUGCGGAAGUUCCGCAUGGGCAUGAUGCGGAAGUUCCGCAUGGGCAUGAUGCGGAAGUUCCGCAUGGGCAUGAUGCGGAAGUUCCGCAUGGGCAUGAUGCGGAAGUUCCGCAUGGGCAUGAUGCGGAAGUUCCGCAUAGGCAUGAUGCGGAACUUCCGCAUAGGCAUGAUGUGGAACUUCCGCAUAGGCAUGAUGCGGAACUUCCGCUUAUGCGAAUACGGGUGCAGACGUCUAUAACAGCACUAAUAUAUAAAUCAGUGCUGUUAUAG